GUGAUCUAGGGCCUCGGUCUGACGUCACGAGGAACUGUGCUCAGUUACUCCUCCUGCUUUUCCCAGCAGCUUGGUGAACUGGCGGAGUGGAAGCCUCGUAGGAUGCCCAGCCAGCGGAGCCGAGAGGAUGAGGGCCUGUCGGCAGUCAGACGGCCUGGAAAUGGCCUCCCCGCCUCCAGACCAGACCUUUGGCACUGGAAAGAGCCGCCUUUGUGGAGGCCUCUCGGCUUUGGGCCUUGGGGGAACUUAGAUCCUGGGCCACACGCCUGUCCAGAAGAGGCAGAGGGUUCUGCCUCGGAAGGCAAGAUGAAAAUUCUCGAGAAGCUGGACGAAGGCGUGAGUAAUACGAUCUUGGGGCGCCUUUUUGGUGUCGACGAGUCAAUAGUACUCGUGAUGGAGAAAAACACGAGGGCUGUUUGGGCCGGCAUGGAGAGUGUUUUGCCCGACUGCUCCAAGAUUCCCGUGAGGUAGACCCCAAGAAGAUGGAGACCUCGGUAGCCUUUUGAGUGGAGGGGCAGAGCACAGAAGGCGGCCUCUUGACUGCAACGGCCUCUGCACCCAGGCCAAACACAUCUGUAUUGCAUGUGGUGGGAACCAGUGGUCAGGGCGGUUCAGAUAUGUUUCCUGCGAGCCAGGAAUGGUUUGAGAAGUUUAUAAAUAAAUACUGUGAAAUAUAAAGUUGAUGAGGAAGGAAGAACCGUUAAAUCCUGAGUUGGCACCCAAACAGUGCAAGCAAUUGGAGCGACUCAUCAGAGAGAGAAGCAGUGUGCCUCAGCAGGUCCUGAAUACCAAGGAGAUGAGCCUAGUUUGGAAACGCAUGCUUUCCCAUACUUUUAAGGAAAUAGACAAAAAUCUGGAAAGCUUAGAGGAAACUUAAGGACAGCAUUUCCUUCAUUUUGUGUGUCAAUGUCUCCCGUGACAAAAUGAUGAAUACAUUGCUGCUUCACAAAGACCUUAAUCCCACUUUUCUUUUGGAAAAAAGAUUUUUUACAAUACCCUCUUUUUGGAUUGGUUUUUAUAAUUAGAUUAUCCAUGAAACUAAGGUGUGUUUAACAGAAAAAAAAAAAAGCACAAAAAACUUGAAUUCAGAGUGUUGCCAGUUGUGGAAAAAAGUCCUGGUUACCCUGACUCAUUAUUUGCUCAUUAUUUGAUGUUAUUGGGUUUCUUUCCUUGGAAGACACUAGCUUUCUCCAGCCCUUGAACCAUGGUAUAACUGAGGUAUUACAUCAACCAUAUGUUUGAACACCUUGCUGACUGCAUUGACAAAAAGCUUACUUUAAAAGAAACAUGACAACAAUGCCACAUUUCUGAAGUAGUGGUAAAAGAAGUGAUGAAUGAUAUAAAACCAGCCGUCUUUAAUAAGGCUUAGUGGAAAGAUUGGAAGGAUGUUCUUUGAACGCGUAUGCAUGUUUCCCCAGAGUUAAUGAAGAAGUUGAAAAAAAAUCCGUCUGCAUCAAUAUAAACGAAAGUGAAAAUAAUGAAUUACUAAAGUUCCAAUCUUUGGGAAUAAUUUAGAGUCUAUAUCCAUAGAUGAUGAAGACCAGUCCCCAACUAGAGGUAAAGAUGAAUCUAAAGAAAUUGCUGUCUUAAACGAUGCCUCAGAUUUCAUUGAUUCUGCAGUUGAUACAGAUCCUUUCUUGGAUUGAAGUUUGACAUUUAAAAAAGAUUUCAGAGCUGGUUGCGGUUGCGCAUGUCUGUAAUCCCAGCAGCUGGGGAGGUUGAGGCAAGAGGAUUGUGAGUUCAAAGCCAGCUCCAGCAAAAGCGAAGCACUAAACAACUCAGUGAGACCCUGUCUCUAAAUAAAAUACAGAAAAGGGCUGGGGAUAUGGCUCAGUGGUCCAGUGCCCUGAGUUAAUCCUAGUGCAAUCCCCCAAAAAAGAUUACAGUAAAUUGCUGUAUGUCUAUAGAGAGGUGCAAAAGAAACUUAAAGGAACUGAAGGAAGAAAUAAACAAUAAAGGAAGUGAUAAGGGAGAAAUAAACGAAGUAAAUGAUAGGGAUGGGUGUAGUAUCUGUGUUGCAGGGGAAGUCUGAGUCUUAAAGUCAGCCUGAAUCAAUUCCAUAGGGAGGAGGAGAAGGAAAGAGAAAAGGUAUAGAAUAAAAAGCUUCCUGGCAGUGGCACUAAGACUUGAUAAUAGCUGAAAAAACUGUCAAAGCCAUAAUUGGAGUUCUAAAAUCUAACCUUGGAAUUGAAUUUGGAAUGAGUAGAGAUGUCUGAGUUGAAGGACAGAGCGGAUCCAGAGGUUGCUUCUUCCAAAUAACACUUCAUCUUAUUAUCAUUCUCUCAUUACCUCAACAUCACCUUCAUCACUACCAUCAUCUUUGUAAUCACCAGACACAUCUGUAACACUUAGUCAUUCAACAGAUAUUGAGUGGAAAUUCUGUAUAGUCCUGUUCUAAACUUGGGAAAUCAACUCAGGAAAUAUCUGAGGAUCUGAGGUAAAUGGUCAUUAACAGUACCCAUUCUUAUGGAUGAUUGGUAUGAGAGAUCAUGGCCCCAGUUUAUUUUAGAGGGCUUAAAAUACAAAGGUUUUCUUAGGACCAUUCAGCCUCUAACCAUAUAUGUUAAAUUUUUCAGUUACAAACAGGUGUUGGUGGUUGACAUGAGACUGUUUCUUUUUGAAAUGGUGACAUGAUCAUACAUUUUAUAAAGCACUCAACAUUAAUCUGUUAAUCCUCACUCCAGACAUAUGAAGGAAGUUAUUAGCCCUGCAUUUAUCAAAAACCUCCCUUCAAACCCAGAGAGGUUAAGAAACUUGCUGGAGUCUGCACAGCUAAUGUAAACAACAGGAUUAGGAUUACAAAUGAUUAACUACUUUGUCAGACAUUUUCAUAAGUCUAUCACGCCUUUAAGAAUUUGUAGUUGUUUGAUCCUCAGCACCACAUAAAAAUAAGAUAAAUAAAGGUAUUAAUAUUUUAAAAAAAUAAAAGAAUUUGUAGUCUUAGCCAGGCAUAGUGGCGCAUACCUGUAAUCCCAGUGGCUCAGUUUGGGAGGCUGAGACAGGAGGAUCUCAAGUUCAAAGCCAGCCUCAGCAAGUUAGCAAGACCCUGUCUCAAAAAAUAAAGAGAGUGGCUGGGGUUGUGGCUCAGCAGUAGAGCGCUCGCUUCGCACAUGCGAGACCCUGGGUUCGAUCCUCAGCACCACAUAAAAAUAAAUAAGUGAAAUAAAGGUAUUGUGACCAACUACAACUAACAAAAAAAAAAUAAAUAAAAAUAAAAAUAAAUAAAUAAAAAGAGCUGGGCAUGUGGCUCAGUGGUAAGUGCUCCUGGGUUAAAUUCCCAGUAGCCCCAGAAAAGGAAAUUGUAGUCUCAACAAGUGAGACAAAUGAACAGGUGAUGAGAAUAAACAGGGAAGCUAUGAACUGCAAAUCUGCAAAUAAGAUUUUGUUGUUUUCCUUCCAUUUUGAAAAUUUUUUCAAUUGUUUUUCAGUAUUUCCUGUUUUGUGUAAGAAACUAUUUACAUACAAUAGAAUUCACCUGUUGAAGUGUCCAGUUGAAUUUUUUUCAUACCUGUGUAACUGCCAACAGAACAAUUAAGAUGUAAAAUGGUUCCCUGAAACAGUUUACCUGUGCACUAAAGCUUUUCCUCUGUGCUAACUUGCCAUCAUUUUAAAAUUGGGAUAUUUCACAUUGAAAAGCUGCAAAGAGAAAAUAGCAUAUGAAAAGGUGUAUAGUAAAGUGUUAGAGUCUGUAAACAAGUCAAAAUAACACCUGGCAUUUAGCCAGGGGAAUGUUAGAGUUGGUAAACAAGUCUGGCUGGUGCCUGGCAAAAUGCCAGAGGGAGUGGUUUGAGAAGUAACAAAAGCGAGCCAUUAAGUGUGGAGAUUCCUUAUUGGUUGACUGAUGUAUCUAGUUUAUGCUAAUUAGAUAAGCUGUGUGGAAUGUAUAAAUACUGCUCCUGUCCUGCAAUAAAUGGCUCCUACUCCUGCUGUAUCAACGUACACAAGUUGUUCGUCACCCCCCCGGUUAUUUUGCUGCAGCUGGACUGCGGCAGUAAAGGACAUAAAUAUGAAGGCAUUAUAAUAAAAAGGCAUAUUAAAAAUUUGGAAACUGUAGUAGCAGUGGACUCUGCAUUCCUAAGGGACAACAGUCAGCCUUUGGCUUGCUGGUUUUAUGUGCCGCUCUCCAAAACAAGCGCAGUGUGUCGUCUUUAGAAGAGGACUGAGAUUAACUGAGAAAGGCUCCCAGGGCAGUUGGCCUGGGAAAAGGAAUGAGUUUAUUAGGAAGUGAAGAAGUGGGCAAGAGUAUUCUAAGCCAAAGAGAAUUAGGGGAAAUCCUUGGAGGAGGGGGCAAUAUGGGGGCCACAUUGUGUAAGGGUUACAUUCUGUGCUUCCCUUGUUUAUAGGUAGUUUGAAGCUCUUUAGAGAAGAGUUUUGUGUAUGUGUUUUAGUGUUUGUGUGCUGUGGUUUCUGAAAGUUUAUGUCUUUGUAUGUUUCUGGGGACAUGCCUUUUUGUUUGUUGGAAUGGAAAGAGAAAAUAGCACAUAUUUUUGCAAGAGUUAUAGGUCUGAGUGCUUAGGUUGUAAGUUUCAGGGGAGAGGUGUGCCCAGUGAAAAUAACCUCCCUUUCCCAGAUUCCUACAGUGUCUUUGGCCAGCCUGGCUGGGGCGGGGCGGGCAGUGUGCAGACCAGAGGCUUUGUGGGGAAAGGGCAGAUAAGGCCCUCAGUGCCCGCCCACCAGCCGGCACCCGGCCUGAGACUGUAAUUCACUGCCACUGCCUUGUGCUAAAUUACCAACAAAGCCAUGGACAGGCUGGGAUCACGGUGCCCUCUGCCAGGCUACUCGCGGCCCUCUGUCCUCAUAUGCUUUCUGAUCCUGGCAACUUCUUUUCUGAUGUACCCCAUGCUCAGGACCCUUAGCCUACAGCUUCACUCAGCCAUCACCGGCAGCUAUAUCUCUGGCACACACUCCAUCGUCUUUGUCAACUGUCCCAACGAGCAAAUUGCUAGAGACAUUGCCAGGGGCAUACUGGAUAAGAAACUGGCUGCCUCUGUGAACAUCUUGCCCAAGACAUCUUCACUUUUUUUUUGGAAGGGAGAAAUAGAAGAAGCCACUGAGGUCUUAUUGUUAAUAAAGACAAAAACUUCCAAGGUCCUCAUGCUGUCUGGCUUUAUCAGGUUGGUGCAUCCUUUUGAAAUCCCAGAGGUCUUCAGUCUUCCCAUGGACCAAGGAGAUGUGCACUAUUUAAAGUGGCUUGAGGAGGGCAUGGAGGAAGACUGAGUAGGGAAGCUUCUGGUGCGUGCUGCUGGCUGCCUCUAUCCCUCAGCUGCUGAACUCUGGAGUCCUCCAGAUAUCAAAUGGGGAUGAUCUCAAAGGCCCAGCCAUGAAGACAUUGUAGAGACUGCAAAGUUCUUUCUUUCUUUUUUUUUUUUUUUGAGACUGCAAAGUUCUUUUGCUCAAUUUGAGACACAGAUCUUGAUGAGGGAAGCAACAUCACUGAAACAAGUUUUUUGUUUGUUUGUUUGUUUUGUUUUUAAAGAAAGUGAAGCUAUACUUAACUCUGUAUUGAACAAAGAAAUUUCUAAAGAACCAUGUAGUUUUCACUUUCUUUUUUUUUUUAAAUAUUGUUUUAGUUGUUGAUAGCCCUUUAAUUUAUUUAUAUGUGGUGCUGUGAAUCGAACCCAGUGCCUCACAUAUGCCAGGCAAGUGCCCUACCGCUGAGCCACAACCCCAGCCCCUUAAACAAGGUUUUAUUAGAGUUUAUGCCCAACCACAAAGGAGACAGCACAUGGGACAGGGUUUCCAGAAUGGCACCAUGUGGAAGUGACUAAUAUAGUCUAAUAUAGUCUCUGGUGGCUGGUGUGGGGGCCCUGGUGGGUACUGCACACAGCUUAGGACUUUAGCACACAUCUUGUCUGUUUUCUGCUCUCAGCAUCAAGGUUUGCGCUUGAUGUGGCUGUGUGCCCCUGUGCAAUGGGUACAUUUGCUCUUGGCUCCCAAAAGGUGGCAGAGGUGCUCACAACUGCUGCUCUGUGCAGGCUGCAGGAAACUCCCUCAGUGAGCUUUGAGGGAAUUUGGUGACUUUUAGGUCUGGCUAUUUGCAAAAACAAUUUAUGCCUAAAAGAAAUACAGAAAAGCAUUGAGAAAUGGAAUAACACCCUCUGGGGAGUGUUGGACCCCCUCCUAUUCUAGCUUACUUCUAAAGGUCCAGAGGAUGCCAGUGGUAAUUUCAGGGGCUGCCUGAAAAGAGGAAUAGAGCUAAUGGUGAUGUCCCUUGUUGAUUUUUUCUUUUCUUUUUAAAAGCAGAUCAGCUUCUGAUACUUAGGAAAAUCUUGUGUAAAGUAAACCCUACUUAAAAAUGUACUGAGGACCCCAAAUGGACUGACUCUAUUGCUUUUAGGAUAAAGUCCAAUUUCUAGGUCUGGCCUUCUAGCCCUUUACAAUCUUUACUCACCUUUUCCAUCAUCCCCCUUGACCUCUCCUUUCCCACUCUGGCUAACAGAUGGCUCACUGUGCUGUUGAUGUUAUUCCUGUGUUCAUGCUAUCCUCUCUGUCUGGAAUGCCCUCUGCCUAAAUGCCUAUGACAUGUGACUGCUCCUUUGUAAGACCUUUCUGAGGCCUUGCCAGCUGUAAGGACUCUAUCCUGCCUUGGUGUUCCCUUUAUCUUUCUGCAUCAAAGUUGGCCUUGUAUUGCAGGAUUGUGAGUUGCUGGAGGUCAGGGGCAUGACUGAAUCUACUUGAUCUCUUGCACAGGGUUUGGCAGAUAUUUCUGAGGCUGAUGUUUCAAGGAUUUAAAUGAUCAAAGCUUUCUCUACUGUACAUACUCACUAUUAAGUUGUUGAAUUGGCAAAAUUCAACUUUUCUUUUAAUUUCUUAAAGUGGGACAAUUCCAAAGAAGAUUUUUCUAUCUGUUGUCUUUAUUGAAUCAUCUUUUGUGUUAUUAUAUUGCAGAAAACUUGCUUAGUAGCCUGCCUUUGUCUCAGUGUCCAGAGUUGACUAUGUAGGACACUGGAGGGGAGAGGGACAUUUACUAAAUAGCAGCUCUGUCCACUAUGUACUGCCCUAGCUUCUUAACAUUAUCUUAUUAUUAUAAGAAUAUAUAUAAUAUAUAUUCUUAUAAUAUAUUCUUAUACUAUAUUUCAGUUGUUCUUAUUUGUUACCCUCAUUUUGCAGAUGAAAUCUGAGAUCAGAAAGUAGCACUCACAUGUGAACCCAAUCUCUGAUUCAAAACUUAAAGCUUUUACAUCGAAGGAGGCUGAAUAGAUCCAUUUGAAGGUCACAGGCUCAGAGAACCUGCUAUAGCCAGCUCUAAAGGAAGAGUUAUUUUUGUUUGGUUUGGUUUGGUACUGGGGAUUGAACCCAGGUGCACUUUACCACUGAGCUACACCCCUAACCCUUUUUAUUUUUUGAGACAGUCUCACUAAGUUGCUGAGACUUGCCUGGAGCUUGGGAUCCUCUUGCCUCAGUCCCCCAAGCUGCUGGGAUCAUAGGCAUGCACCACUGUACCCAGCAGUUAUUAGUUCUUAAAACAUAGAAGCCAGUUGGCCUGGCGUUUGGGCAUGUAUUUCACUGUGUACUCCUUACCACAGAUCUGGCGGCUCAUGACCCAUUCCAUAGAUGAAGGAGUAGAGGUGUUCAGUGAUGUUUAGGGUUUGUGUAACUCCAGUCUACAUGGUGUGGCUGCCAUCCCAUACCACCCUCCCAGAAUGAUGCUGUAGAAGCCAGAGCUGGGUCCUAGACCAGAGUCUCCAUGUGGGAACUCCUUUCCAGAAUUUCUUAGAUAACAUUUUUUUUUUUUUAAUCCAGAAUCCCUAGAAAAAUCAAUUGAGGAAAUGAGGGAAAGUAUCAUAAUUACCCUGUGAAUACUAAAGCUUAUUAGUAUGGAAAGAUUACUGAUUUGAAAGAAUCCACCUUAAUUGAGCAAAAAACAAGAGCAGGAAACACUAACAUGCUGAGCUGAAGAGAGAGCCCAGGCCUGGCUUGUGAGAGGGAAAUUGUCACCAUCGAAUUAAUUGAUCUUGUUUUUUGGUUGUUGCCAUGUUAGAAGUGUGUAUGUCUGGUCCUGUCUGCUGCUAUCGGAGUUUUUCUUGUAAAUAAAAUAAUUUGUACACAUAGUAUAUAUUAUACAAAUCCUGUGAGUGGUGCUCCAGAAAAUAAACUUUAGAUGCAAAAUAAAUUCUUAAGUUAGUUAUUUGGACAUGUGAUUGAUUUUAAGUGCUGUUAACCUUUCUAGGAUAUUCAAAUGUCACAUUAUUUGGAUAGUUUCUAACAGAUGCUCCAGCAUUUAACUUUCCGUACAGGCUAGUCCUUUGUAAAUAGUACUAAGCUUAAUAUGCUUACUAGACAAAAUUUUGUCAGAUACUUAUAAUACUGAGAGGAGUAUUAAGAGUGAAGUAUCUUAAAAACACUUGGGAUUUGGAAUUUCUAGAAAUUCUAAUCUCUCAUUCCUGAAUUCGAAAGGUAAAUGCUGUGAAUUGGGAAACACUGCCCGAGACCACAGAGAAGCAGGUACCCUCCAACCCAAGAGGCCCACAGGUCUCAGGUGCAUCUAGAUAGCUGCUCACAGAAGAAACCACCCCCUCCCCUGGCUCCCACUGUGGCUUUAUUUCCAGGACAGCUAAAGGGUGGAAGCCAAAGGAGUAGUACCAAAGACAUAGGGUAGGAGUUAUCAGUACACCUAAGCAUCCCUCUGCUCAGGAUUAACAGGGCACACUUCCACCUGGAACCAGGUGAAUUUAUGGGUGUCAUCUCCCUGAAGCCAACCUUCUCCCUACACCUUAACAAACAUUUUUUCUCUGUCUAAACAAUACUAAAGAGAUUUAUUUUGAAAUAAUAUUGUCAUAUAUGUGAAGGGUCCCUUCCCAACCUUGGGGAGCCAGGUGCUGUGGCAAUUAUUGCUGGAAUUUGAAGGGUGAGAAAAUGGAAGGAAUCUGACUAGUGCUACUGUUUGAAACCAUCAGAGCUGGGUUCUGGAACUCAGUUUCUAGAAGUGUGUGCCUGUGUGUGCUGAGCAAUGUUUGCAGUGUCUGCAUAAAUGCCUAAGUUCAUGUUUUAUCUUUUACCUGCAGCCUUCAGCUAGGUUGUAUCCUUAUGGGUCAUGUACUCAGCAGAUAAAAGGUCCUACAUUUUCUCUGACAAUAAGGGUGGGAGAUUACUGAAUGUUAUAGGGAGUGGUAAGGUGGCCACAGGAUGGGGUCCUGCCGUCCUCCUCUAAGCUGCAGGAAGCCAACUGCAGAAGCCAGA